GAGAGUCACAAUGAGAGGGCAGUACUGUUCAAGUGGAGUUUUUCUGUUAUUGCUUACCAUCUUUGGUAUGAGCAGUGCCCAAUCACUUAAUUUGAUGCCACAAGAAUUUCCUGAGGAAUUCAUUAUUCAUGUUGAUAAGAGUUCAAGGAACAGUGACACAAAUGGAACAAGAUGGGCAGUUCUUGUUGCUGGGUCUAUGGGUUAUGGAAACUAUAGGCAUCAGGCUGAUGUGUGUCAUGCGUAUCAAAUUUUGAAGAAAGGUGGACUGAAAGAUGAAAACAUUAUCGUUUUCAUGUACGAUGACAUUGCAAACAAUCCUGCGAAUCCAAGGCCUGGUGUCAUCAUCAACAAGCCCGACGGUGGCGAUGUUUACCAAGGAGUUCCCAAGGAUUAUGCAGGAGAGAAUGCCACUGCUGCUAAUCUUUAUGCUGUAAUUCUUGGAGAUAAAUCUAAUCUCUCUGGGGGUAGUGGAAAGGUCCUUAACAGCGGGCCAAACGAUAAUGUCUUUAUCUAUUACACAGACCAUGGCGGCUCUGGGCUCAUUGGAAUGCCUGAAGGCGAUUAUGUCUAUGCCAAUGAUCUGGUAGAUGUUCUGAUAAAGAAGCAUGAAGCUAAUGCAUAUAAGAACAUGGUGUUUUACCUUGAAGCUUGUGAAUCCGGGAGUAUGUUUGAGGGUUUACUGCCGACAAAUAUAAGCAUCUAUGCAACCACAGCAUCAAAUUCAACUGAGAGUAGUUGGGGAACGUACUGCCCUGGAAUGUCUCCUCCCCCACCUCCUGAAUUUGACACUUGCUUGGGUGAUUUAUAUAGUAUUGCCUGGAUGGAGGACUGUGACUUGCAGGAUUUGCGCCAAGAGUCUCUACAAGAGCAGUAUCAAUCGGUUAAAGAGAGAACACUAAAUCGUAAUAAUACAGAAGAAGGUUCUCAUGUUCAACAAUUCGGAAAUAUGGAUCAAACCUCAGAUUUAGUAUCCUUUUACUUGGGUGCAAAUGAUAACUCUUCCUCCGUCGAAAGCAAAUCGGCACAGGCAAUCUUAGAAGUUGUUGACAAUCGCGAUGGAGAUCUUCUUCAUCUUUGGCACAAGUUCCAACGUGCACCCGCUGGCUCUGGAUUGAAGCAGGAAGCUAAAAAGGCUCUAGAUGAUGAAAUUUCCAGUAGGCAGCGCAUUGACAACAACAUGAAACAAAUCGAACAACUUGUUUUGGGAUAUUCGAGUAACGUUAACUUUGUUCGUCCCGGAGGCCAAGCUCUUGUUGAUGAUUGGGAUUGCUUUAAGACGCUUGUGAAAACUUACGAGAAUCAUUGUGGAUCUUUGACAAAUUACGGGAUGAAGCACACUGGAGUGUUUGCCAACAUGUGCAAUGUUGGGGUCAGCGUGGACCAAGUGGUUGUUGCUGCAGCUCGAACUUGCUAGACUACAUUUUCUUUCCCCCCUUCUUUUCUUUGAAAGAAAUAAAUGUGGAUGUAAAUGAUAAAAUGAUGAG